CCUGCUGGUUUCUGCGGUCCCCCCUCUGACCGCUGGGACGCGGACCUGGAGCUGCUCGUGGUUGAGGAGAUCCCGCAGACCUUCUACCAGUUCCUGUCCCUGGACCAGGAUGCGUCCCCAGCGGAGAUCAAGAAGGCGUAUCGACGUCUGUCUCUGAUUCUGCAUCCCGACAAGAACAAAGAUGAAAACGCUGAAACUCAGUUCAGACAGCUGGUGGCCAUUUACGAAGUCCUGAAGGACGAGGAGAGACGACACAAGUAUGAUGACAUCCUGGUGAACGGCCUUCCUGAUUGGCGGCAGCCAGUUUUCUACUACAGACGAGUGAGGAAGAUGAGUAACGCUGAGCUGGCCUUCCUCCUCUUCCUUAUCCUCACUGUGGGCCACUAUGCUGUCAUCUGGUCCAUUUACCUGGAGAAACAGCUGGACGAGCUGCUGAGUAAGAAGAAGAAAGAGAAGAAGAAGAAGCUGAGCUCCAGACCUCCAGAUGACCUCAGGUGUAUCGGCCAGGACCGGACCGACAGAAUUCAGGACCGACCUCACUGGCAGGACAUCCUCCCUCUGAAGCUGAGCAUCUGGCUUUACCUGUCCAUCAAAAGCUUGCCGGAGACCAUCCAGGAGGUGAAGCAGUACUAUGAGGACUACCAGCAGAUGAAGCAGCAGCAGCAGAGAGAAGAAGCUGAAGCUGAAAAGGAAGCUGCGCCCAGAGAGAAGAGGCCGAAGGUUAAAAAGCCGAAGGUGGAGUUUCCUGUUUACGAACCGUCACUAGAGGACCUCAACUACCAGAGUUAUGACCAGACCACAUCCAUAGAGGACAUCGAAGACCAGAUGGAUGACUGGCUGCAGGACCGCAGAGCUGCAAAGAAGAAGGCUGCAGACUGGACGGAGGACGAGCUCAGCCUCCUCAGCAGGCUGAUGGUUAAAUUUCCUGGAGGAGCUCCGGGUCGCUGGGAGAAGAUCGCUCAGGAACUGGGACGAUCAGUGGCCGACGUGACCUCUAAAGUCAAACAGGUGAAGGAGCACGUGAGCCACACCUCAGGUCUGGUGAAGCUGUCGGAGCUGAAGGGACCGCUUCUUCCUGUGAGGUCAUUUCCUGUCGCUGACAGUGUGAUGACUCCGAGAGGGGGCGGCGCCUGCGACAAGGAGCAGGAAGACGAAGAGGAAGAGGCGGCGGUGAGGAGAAGGAACAGGAAGCCAGCGGCAGCAGACGGGGGGGAGGCCAAGGUCAGAGGUCGUCGGCAGAGGGAUUUCGACCCGACGGCGGUGGAGGAGGAAGGGGCGGAGCCUCAGGAGAAUAGGGAGAAGGCGGACCCCGUCGUCUGGACUCAGAGCCAACAGAAACUGCUGGAACUCGCUCUGCAACAGUUCCCCCGAGGAACUGCAGAACGCUGGGACCGCAUCGCCAAGGUGGUCCCCGGAAAGACCAAGGAGGAGUGUAUGAUCCGCUACAAGAUGCUGGCGGAGCUGGUUCAGAAGAAGAAACAGUCCAAGAGCUGAUACCAGCGGGUGACCCCCGGCCUCCUCCUGCUGUGACUUCUGACCUCCCGACAGGUGAAGACCAGGUGACCCGUCAGCAGUGUUUGGGCCCAGGUGCGCUGCCUCCUGAAUGGACUAAAUGAUCUUGUUUUUACCUUUGACGUGGCGUCUCACCUGCUCAGGUGUGUUUUUAUAACGGGUGUCAAAGGAAGCCGGUUUGAACCAGCUGACCUCUGACCUCACAGCUUCAUGUGCCUUAGCUCCGUUCAGCAUGCUGUCAAUCACCUUCUGUCCAGCUGAUCAAUAAAAAGUAUUUAUUAACGCUG